AUGUACGUACAUUCACAGGUUUCUGCCCAUACGAACGAGACUCAGUCUGCACCAUCGGUUAGCAACCCUGGCUAUUUAUACGGACAACAGGUUAUCGGGGCCAGAAGCAUUUCAUCCAGCAUUCUGUCUACCACUGCCGACAGCAAUGCCGUCACCAUGGUACCUACGUCAACCGUGGAGCUAGAAGGGGGGAAACUUCGUGGCACUUAUCGCACCAGUUAUGGCCAGUGGAACAUUCUUGCUGGUGGUCCUUGCCCAGUGCUCCAACAUAAGGUGUACUUGGCAGAGCCUCUGCUUUUUGGUCAUGACACAUUCGGAGGAUGCAUGUUCAGUCCUCCCGCGUAUAUCCUCGUGGACAGUCCGUAUUCCGACUGGAAUUCAAUCUGUUCGAUCCUACAGAAUUUAUUGUGGAACAUGCUUGUCUCAGGGCAAGUUGAAUCGGGCCCCAGCGCUGGUCGGCCAAUCACUUACUGGGGAUCUCAACCAGACCACUUGGCGGUGUGGCCAAUCUCGCUAACGAACAGGAGCGGAGAUUGGGUACCCAUCCAUGGUAUUUAUGGUGCAACGGCACCCAAGCCCCCUGUAGGAAAACCGGGUUUGUGCUCGGGAUUGUUGGUCGGUCAAGACACAGAAAUUCAGUUUGCUCGCUUUGGUUCUCUGAUUAGUCCUCAAUAUCGAAUAGUUGGUGCCAAGGCCACUCAUAUUUACGGAGACGUGCAUUUCGGACCAUCUAAUCCUCAGGUGGAAAUUACAGUACGCAUUCGAUUCAUUGACGUGUCCCCGCCGGCCAUUCCAAUUGAGAAGGAACCUCCGCUGCUGCUCGUUCGCCUGCCUAGUGACUUUUUCUAUCCAUUUUUUUAGACUGAAAAGUUUGAAUGGAAAUUACACAUCUUCAAUGCCAUAUUAUGGAACUUGUCACUUCAUAGAAACAGUCGCAUUUCUAGAUGUGUAUGUAUCUUGCGUGUUCAAAAGGUUGUCGCACCAUUAAUUGCCGAGAUGGAAGUGUAGUCAGC